AUGGAAGGAUGCGUAGUGCGGCGUGGCAGCUGCCCUCUUCUCCCCGGACCCAGCGCCUGGAGAGGCAGCCCUGCAGGGUGGGCUGGGCGAACUAAACUGCGUUCCUGGUGCAGGGCUUCGGGUCUCCCUAACAUACCUUAAAUGUUGAACAACCGCCGCCUUGGCAGUGUCUCUUUGCUCAGAGAUCCUGAGACGACCACACUCGUCCAACAGCAGUCGCUCCACCAAGCCUGGGGAAAGCGAAUCGUUUUCUCCGCGUGCCCUGUCAGUCACUCAUGCUGCCCAGAGAGGAAUUUUAGUGGCAACAUUCUGGCUGUCACGGCACUGAAAUUGCCAGGCCACUCCAAGUCAGAAGGACCACCAGGAAAAGUCAGGAAGAGAAUCACCAUCAGGUUCCAGCCUCUUUUUGUGACAAGGACUAGAUGGUUUGUUUGGUCUGCAGUGGGCUGUCUUCCCGCUGGACUCACCUCUCCUGUAGAGCAGGCUGCCUCAAGGAAGAAGCUCACAGGGGACAUCUGACCUCCGAAACAGCAAGUGUGAAAUGCUUUAAAUAAGCCAAAACUAAACCAAUAGUUAUGUUAACUAAAAAUACAUUAAUGCUACCGAAGACAGUCGAAUAUUAGAGGAAGAAAGUAAACUCUGACUUUGAGC